CUGAAAUGGACAAGCUUUAUAAAAAAGGACAUUAUACAAAAUACUGUGCAAUGGCUUUGUGUGUUAUGUUUAACAACAACUUGAAGGAGGAAUUGUUUUCAGAAGAGAUAAAUAUGCAAACAAGAAUGAUCAUUGAGAAAACCUGUGAGGCAUGCAGACUGGACAGAGGAACAUCACGAAUUGUCCUACUUGAUGAACUAAAUUCACUUGAACAUACUUUUAUUAAGAAAGAACAAGGUGUAUUCAAAACAAAACAUGACAAAUUAUUUGACUUUCUCGCAUACUAUUUUGGACAAAAAGUUAUCCUGUCAGCAAUGGAAGGCCAUAAAGAGAUACAUGAGAUAGUAAAAGUAUUGCUGGAUAACAAGGCAGACAUUAAUAAGUGUAUGGAUGGUGGAGUAUCUCCUUUGCAUGUUGCUAGUCGGAAUAAUUAUAUAGAGACAGUAAAGGUAUUACUGGAUAACAAGGCAGACAUUAAUAAGUGUACGGAUGGUGGAGUAUCUCCUUUACUUUUUGCUUGUUACAGAAAUCAUAUAGAGACAGUAAAUGUAUUACUGGACUAUAAGGCAGACAUUAAUAAGUGUAUGGAUGGUGGAGUAUCUCCUUUGCAUGUUGCUUGUCAGAAUAAUCAUAUAGAAACAUUAAAGGUAUUGCUGGCCAAAAAGGCAGACAUUGAUAAGUGUAGAGAUAAUGGAACAUCUCCUUUGUGUAUUGCUUGUCAGCUUAAUCAUAUAGAGACAGUGAAGGUAUUACUGGCCAAUAAGGCAGACAUUAAUAAGUGUAGAGAUAAUGGAGCAUCCCCUUUGUGUAUUGCUUGUCAGAAUAAUCAUAUAAAUAUAGUAAAGAUAUUACUUGACAACCAGGCAGACAUUUAUAAGUGUACAAAUAAUGGAGCAUCUCCUUUGUAUGUUGCUUGUCAGAAUAAUCAUAUAGAGAUAGUAAAGGUAUUACUGGACAACAAGUCAGACAUUAAUAAGUGUACAGAUGAUGGAGCAUCUCCUUUGUGUAUCGCUUGUCAUAAUAAUCAUAUAGAGAUAGUAAAAGUACUACUGGACAAAAAGGCAGACAUUAAUAAGUGUACAGAUGAUGGAGCAUCUCCUUUGUGUAUUGCUUGUCAGAAUAAUCAUAUAGAGACAGUAAAGGUAUUACUUGAUAACAAAGCAGACAUUAAUAAGUGUGAUGAUAAUGGAGCAUCGCCUUUGUAUAUUGCUUCUCAAAAUAAUCAUAUAGAGACAGUAAAGGUCUUACUGGCCAACAAGGCAGACAUUGAUAAGUGUAGAGAUAAUGGAGCAUCUCCUUUGUAUGUUGCUUGUCAGAAUAAUCAUGUAGAGACAGUAAAGGUAUUACUGGACAACAAGGUAGACAUUAAUAAGUGUACAGAUAAUGGGGCAUCUCCUUUGUAUAUUGCUUGUCAAAAUAAUCAUAUAGAGACAGUAAAGGUAUUACUUGACAACAAGGCAGACAUUAAUAAGUGUGUGGAUAAUGGAGCAUCUUCUUUGUAUAUUGCUUGUCAUAAUAAUUGUAUUGAGAUAGUAAAAUUAUUGCUGGCCAAUAAGGCAGAUAUUAAUAAGUGUAAGGAUAAUGGAGCAUCUCCUUUGUUUACUGCUUGUCAGAAUAAUCAUAUAGAGACAGUGGCGGUAUUACUGGACUAUAAGGCAGACAUAAAUAAGUCUAUGGAUAAUGGAGUAUCUCCUUUGUGUAUAGCUUGUCAGAAUAAUCAUAUAGAGACAGUAAAGGUAUUACUUGACAACAAAGUAGACAUUAACAAGUGUAUGGAUGAUGGAGCAUCACCUUUGUAUAUUGCUUGUCAGAAUAAUCAUAUAGAGAUAGUAAAGGUUUUACUGGAGUACAAGGCGGAUAUUAAUAAGUGUAUGGAUAAUGGAAUAUCUCCUUUAAAUAUUGCUUGUUUCAAUAAUCAUAUAGAGAUAGUAAAGUUUUUACUGGACAACAAGGCAGACAUCAGCAAGUGUAAAGAUAAAGGAGUAUCUCCUUUGUUAACUGCAUGUCAGAAUAAUCAUGUAGAGAUAGUAAAGGUUUUGCUGGAAAACAAAGCUGACAUUAACAAGUGCGAUGAUAAUGGAAUAUCUCCCUUGUCCAUUGCUUGUCGUUUUAAUAAUAUAGAGACAGUAAAGGUAUUAUUAGACAACAAGGCUGACAUAAAUAAGUGUGAGGAUAAUGGAGCAUCUCCAUUGUUUAAUGCUUGUCAGUAUAAUCAUAUAGAGACAGUAAAGGUAUUACUGGACAACAAGGCUCACAUAAAUAAAUGUAUGGAUAAUGGAAUAUCUCCUUUGAUUAUUGCUUGUUUCAAUAAUCGUAUAGAGACAGUGAAAGUACUACUGGACUACAAGGCAGACAUAAAUAAAUGUAUGGAAAAUGGAAUAUCUCCUUUGAUUAUUGCUUGUUUCAAUAAUUGUAUAGAGACAGUAAAGGUAUUACUGGAUAACAAGGUAGACAUUAAUAAGUGUGAUGAUGAUGGUGCAUCUCCUUUGUAUAUUGCUUGUCACAAUAAACGUAUAGAGAUAGCAAAGUUAUUACUGGACAACAAUGCAGACAUUAAUAAGUGUACAGAUGCUGGAGCAUCUUAUUUGUAUGUUGCUUGUCAGAAUAACCAGAUAGAGACAAUAAAGAUAUUACUGGACAUCAAGGCAGACAUUAAUAAGUGUACGGAUGAUGAAGCAUCUCCUUUGUUUGUUGCUUGUCUGCAUAAUCAUAUAGAAACCGUAAAGUUAUUAUUGGACAACAAAGCAAACAUUAACAAGUGUAAUGAUAAAGGAAAAUCUCCUUUGCAUAUUGCUUGUGAAUAUAAUAAUAUAGAGAUAGUAAAGGUAUUACUGGAAAACAAAGCAGACAUUAAUAAGUGUGAAGAUACUGGAGUAUCUCCUUUGUGUAUUGCUUGUCUUAAUAAACAAAUAGAGAUGGUAAAGGUAUUACUGGACAACAAUGCAGACAUUAACAAGUUUGAAGAUAAUGGAGUACCCCCUCUGUUUAUUGCUUGUCUGAAUAAUCAGAUAGAGAUAGUAAAGGUAUUACUUAAUAAAAACGCAGACAUUAAUAAGUGUGCAAAUUAUAAAUUAUCUCCUUUGUAUAUUGCUUGUGACAAUAAUUUUAUAGAGAUAGUGAAGGUAUUACUGGACAACAAUGCAGACAUUAAUAAGUGUACGGAUGAUGAAGCAUCUCCUUUGUUUGUUGCUUGUCUGCAUAAUCAUAUAGAAACCGUAAAGUUAUUAUUGGACAACAAAGCAGACAUUAACAAGUGUAAUGAUGAAGGAAAAUCUCCUUUGCAUAUUGCUUGUGAUUAUAAUCAUAUAGAGAUAGUAAAGGUGUUACUGGAAAACAAAGCAGACAUUAAUAAGUGUGAAGAUACUGGAGUAUCUCCUUUGUGUAUUGCUUGUCUUAAUAAACAUAUAGAGACAGUAAAUGUAUUACUGGAACACAAGGCAGACAUUAAUAAGUGUACAGAUAAUGGGGCAUCUCCUUUGUAUACUGCUUGUCAGAAUAAUCAUAUAGAGAUAGUAAAAAUAUUACUGGACAACAUGGCUGACAUAAAUAAGUGUGAGGGUAAUGGAUCAUCUCCUUUGUUUACUGCUUGUCAGCAUAAUCAUAUAGAAACAGUAAAGAUAUUACUGGACAACAAGGUAGACAUUGAUAAGUGUACAGAUAAUGGGGCAUCUCCUUUUUAUACUGCUUGUCAGCAUAAUCAUAUAGAAACAGUAAAGAUAUUACUGGACUACAAUGCAGACAUUAAUAAGUGUACAGAUGAUGGAGCAUCUCCUUUGUAUGUUGCUUGUCAGAAUAAUCAUAUAGAGAUAGCUGAGGUAUUACUGGACAACAAGGCAGACAUUAAUAUGUGUUUAGAUACUGGAUUAUCUCCUUUGUGUAUUGCUUGUCACAAUAAUUAUAUAGAGGUAGUCAAACUAUUACUUGACAACAAUGCAGACAUUAAUAAAUGUAUAGAUGAUGGAGCAUUUCCUUUGUACAUUGCGUGUUAUAAUAAUUAUAUAGAGAUAGUUAAUGUAUUGCUGGACAAUAAGGCAGACAUAAAUAUUUGUAUAUAUGGUGGAGCAUCUCCUUUGUAUAUUGCUUGUCAAAAUAAUCAUAUAGAGAUAGUCAAACUAUUACUUGACAACAAUGCAGACAUUAAUAAACAUAUAGAUGAUGGAUCAUCUCCUUUGUACAUUGCGUGUCAAAAUAAUUAUAAAGAGAUAGUUAAGGUAUUACUGCACAAUAAGGCAGACAUAAAUAUUUGUAUAGAUGGUAGAGCAUCUCCUUUGUAUAUUGCUUGUCAGAAUAAUCAUAUAGAGAUAGUCAAACUAUUACUCGACAACAAUGCGGACAUUAAUAAGUGUGAUGAUGAUGGAGUAUCUCCUUUGUUUGUAGCUUGUUACAGUAAUCACAUUAAAGUAGUCAAACUAUUACUGGACAAUAAGGCAGACAUAGAUAAGUGUGUAGAUGAUGGAACAUCUCCUUUGUAUAUUGCUUGUCAGCAUAACCAUAUAGAUAUUGUAAAAAUGCUGUUGGAGAAGGGAUCAGAUUAUAAUAAAUGUAACACUUUUGGUAUCUCACCUAUACAAAUUGCCAGUGAAUAUGGACAAAAUGGCAUACUUGCUGUUAUCAAUGAACAUUCCAGAAUGGAGGUUAUAUAUCAAAGAAAGUAAAGGGAAUAUCAUCCAUGAA